AUGCUGUUCCUGCUACUCUCCUUUCUAGCUGCUCUCUUCCCAGGAGGGGACAGUGAAUUUGGAUUUGAAGAGCCUGUCUCCUUUCAUCUCCUCCAGACGUCAUCGUUUCACAACCAUUCCUGGGUACAUCUGAGCUCAGCUUGGUUUGGUGACCUGUAGACACACAGAUGGAACAGCAGCUCUAAUACCAUCAUUUACCUGUAUCCCUGGUCCAGGGGCAACUUCAGUAACAGGGAGUUGGUGGAUCUGGAAAGGUUUUUCCGGGUAAACUUCAUUGAAAUUCAGGAAUCUUACACUAAUUAUUUCAUGUCUAAAGGUAUCUUUGAUCUACAGGUGGCAACAGGCUGUGAACUGCACUCUGGGAAGGGCUUCAUAAGCUUCCUGCAUGUAGCUAUCCAAGGAUCUGAUUUCAUGAGCUUCCAGAAUGAAACAUGGUCACCAUCUCCAAAGGGUGGAAGAAGGGCCCAGAAAGAUUGCAAUAUACUCAAUCUGAAUGAAGCCUACAAACAUAGGGUAUAUAUGCUCCUCACUGACACCUGCCCACGUUUCACCUUGGGUCUUCUAGAUGCAGGGAAGGCUCAUCUCCAGCAACAAGUGAAGCCUGAGGCCUGGCUGUCCAGUGGCCCCAGCCCUGGACCUGGCCGUCUGCUGCUGGUGUGCCACGUGUCUGGCUUCUACCCAAAGCCCGUGUGGGUAAUGUGGAUGCGAGGUGAGCAGGAGCAGCUGGGCACUCUGAGAGGUGACAUCCUGCCCAAUGGUGAUGGGACGUGGCAUCUCAGAGCAACCCUGGAUGUGGCAGCUGGGGAGGCGGCUGGCCUGGCCUGCAGGGUGAAGCACAGCAGCCUAGGAGGGCAGGACCUGGUCCUCUACUGGGGAGCACCUCAUAGUGCCCUGGGCUGGAUCCUCUUGGCUGUGAUAGUGGCCCUGGCUCUUCUGACAGGUCUUGGAUUUGGGUUUAUGAAGCGCAGACUGACAAGACAUUUUGAUGGCAGGAACUCAGGCUUCUCAAUGUCUGAGAUGACUUUGGAAAUGGAAGCAAACAUGCCAAGGGACAAGAAGAAUGACAUUCUUACCACCUUUAACCAAGUAAUCUUCCCUUCCACUUACUGCCCACAAGAAUAA